GUUUCUGCCUUAUUCUCUCAACCAGAACAAGAAAUUGUAUUUAGGUUGUCGAAAUCAAAAACAUUUGCUCUCUUCAACCAUUAAAAGAUUCCAUUCACUGGUGUAAGAUUAUCGAAGAGUUUUCUAACGUUCAAAGUUGAUAAUUGCUAGAGAAGAUAAGGAAGAAUGCGGGUCUUGGUCGUCGUUUUGGCCGUAUUUUCUCUCGGCAUUGUGGCGGCUGUACGGCAUGAUAUGAUAGACAUUGAUGUUACGACUAUUAAACCUUCAGUGGAAACUAAACACAAGUCAGCAUUAAAUUCUGGCGACGAUGACGACGAUGGCUCGGCUGAUGUACAAUCCGACGAUGUUAGCGGCAGUGGAAGCGGGCAAUCUACGAAAGCAACUACAACAACAAGCAAACCAAGAAUGAUAAAUAUAAAUACCGACGCUAAAUCCACGAAACGUCCAACUACGAAAAUGGGCAAAAAACCAUCGACGGAGCGUAUUAAAAGCACAGAAAAACCUGAGCUGUCCACGGAAAAAGUUGUCGAAGUAAAGAGAGAAGGCCCAACUUCUACUGAAGAGCCUUCUACAAAACACACCGAGAAAGUUUCAACCACCACAUCGGAAGAUAUAUUCGGCGGCGGGGUAUCGAGUGAUGGCGAUGUGGCCGCGAGAAAGGGUUCUGAUGAGGCUGUUCAAGUUCUAACCACCGAAGUUAUUGCUGCUGUUGUCGUUGGAGGAGUUUGUGCUAUUAUUUUGAUCGCUUUUCUCGUGUACCGCCUACGAAAGAGAGAUGAGGGGUCUUACAUUCUUACGGACAAUGCUUUCAAAGACACCAACAAACUUCGUGGAGACACGGGCAAAGAAGCAUUUGUUUAAGCUGCAUUUUGUGUAAAAAAAAGCUUGAGAGUGAACUUUUGAACUCUAUCAAGAAAAGACGACUAUUCUGGUCGAAGAAUAGAAUAAUAUUGUGGCAUAAUAUGCCACCAAUUUCAGACCACCACAAUAUUCGCAGUGAGUAGAUAGGUCUACCCGAGAUAGGCCAUAUUCUAUUAACACUUCAAACGCUCUUAAUUUUACACCAGAUUUUAGAUGGUCUUUGAAUUUUGUACUUUUAGGCGGCACAUUAGCCUUAUAUCUAUCGGUAAUUUAUAUUUUUUAAGUUGUUUUUUACGUAUUUAUCGUCGAAUAAUUUCGGGAUUGUAAUGCGAACGAAAUAUUAGAUCAUUUGCAUGUAAUACUCAUUGAUCAUGGUAAAAACCGCACAUCAUAUUCUCGCCAAAAGUGUUGAAAUUGCGGAAGAUAUUUGCUUCAAAUUCCGUCAUCUUAGCACUAAAACGGCGUUCAAUGUGAAUUGUAACAAUAUAAUGUAAUCAAAUGUUUUUAUAGCAAUGUGAAUAGAGGCUAUAUAGUACUCUUCAAAGCUUAAAGUAAUUCGUGUUUUUGGAAGUAAUCCAAACAAAUCAGAAAAAGCAAUCAACGUGCCGACCAUACAGCAUUUUAGCUCGGUCUGAAACUAUAAACUAUUCGACGCAUAGCAUGUAUGAAAAGGCUGAGUGUUUUGGGCACACAGCAGUGAAUUCAAAGCAAAGUUAGUGUCAGGCCUGUCUAUGGUUGAAAAUUGCUUGGACGGCCGCUUUGACUACCUUCAAUCGUGCCUAUUUGCUCAUGAAUAAUUAAACUUAGUUGGUUAGGCGAAUAUAAACCAAAUAUCUGUUAAUUUUAUCGUGUUUUGUAUAUUAAUAAAAGCAGAAAUGUUCGUUUA